AUCGUGCAGUAUUCAUUUUUAGCAACCUUUGCUUGGAUAAAUAUCAUGUGUUUUGACAUCUGGCGUGUGGUGAAAGCAACUAUAAGUUUGGUACCGCUGAGUGACAUCCUGGCGAAUGACGCAAAGAAGUUCAGAGUAUACUGCGCACUUGCCUUUGGUCUGCCUCUUCUCAUAGUAUCCGUAACAAUUACCGUGCAGGUCCUGCCGAAGCAUCUCGUCCCGGGGAACAGCGCCUUUCGACCCAAGUUUGGGGUCACGUCCUGCUGGUUUCAUGGAUUUUCAGGAAGUUUGCUGUACUUCUAUGGACCCGUCGGUGUGUUCUCUGUGACGAGCUUGGCAUUUCUCGGACACACCGUCGUCAUGCUGUUCCAGACGGGGAGUUUAUGUACCUGCUGUUCCAAGAAAGCCCCUGUAAUGGCGUGUAAUCGAACACAUCUCGACGCAUUUUGGCAGCGCUUCAGUUUGUUCGGUCUGUCCGUGCUCUGCUGGGUGACCGAGUUCCUCUCCAGGCUGAUUCAGCCUCAAGAAGUUUGGAUUGUAACAGACAUCAUCAACUCUCUGCAGGGCGUCAUUGUAUUCAUCAUUUUCAUUACUAGCAAGAAGAAACGACGCAUUAUUUUCCAGUCAUGGGGGAGCACCAUGUCCUCAGUCGUGUCGCGAGCAACCAAGACCUUCUCGCGAAGUGAUUCGGCAGGAAGUUCAUCGUGAACACUCAGGAUAGCAAAAAACACACAGAUAGCAAAACUGGAGGCGCACUAUGUUAUCAAAGUGUUGAAAAUAUCUUGUGACAAAGAAACACAACGUUAUGGACCAAGAUAAAAAAAAAAAAAAAAAAUACAUAAAUAAAUAAAUAAAUAAAUAGUGUUGAAAUUUGCUUGGGGACCAGAAAGUCCUGAUGCGGUAUCUUUCAAAUUAGUGAAUAUAAAUUAUAUUACAUUCAUAUUAACAAACAGUCAAGUGUGUGACCGGAUGGGCUCCCAUAUCGGGAAUAAAAGACACUUAGUGCCAGACAACGGCGGACUAGAUUUCGAAGUAGCAUCCAGUAGCCAUGUCAUUUUUAUAGCACGGGAAUGCGCUAUGGAUAAUGUGGAUUAAGUAGGAUUAGGGAUUAUUUCUAGAUUUAUGUGAGGCUAUAUAAUGGACUAAGUAAUAUAUUUGAUCAUUUUAAUUUUGGACGUAAGAAUUAUAUAAUUAAAUAAUCAUAGAUUUGAUUUUCAUGUUUUAAGAUUGAUAUAACUGAAUACAUAUAAAUUUGAUUAUCAAGAUGAUUUAGAAAGUAAGGAAUUAAUUAAUUACUUUUAAGAGAUCUCAGCUCUACGGAAGUGUGAUUUAAUAGAUAAUUAAUUUCUAGUGAAGCGUAAGAAUAAUUUUGUGUUUGCAUGAUAUAUGUAUUAGUUAAGUAUUUUCUAGAAUAAGUCUUUUGCUUGAUUAAGUUACUGCUUAAUGAGAUAAAUUAAGUAUUAUAAUUACUUGAUUAAGUAUAAGAUAUUUUCUGACCACUUUCUUGAUAUGUACUCAUUUACUCUUUGAUGGAGAUGAUCUUCUUUUAACUUAGUAAUUGUGUAAGAACAUUAGCUUAGUAUUUUAACCCAUUCGCCUCAUGUGGCAAGAAUACAUGUCAUGCCCACCGUAAUGCACGUUUAUUUAUUGUAUUUACACAUAAUUGGCUUUACAAGUUCUUAAUCACCAAAUAGCCAGUUAUU